AUGCGCACAAUCCAGGCGCAAGCGACGACUGCCUCCGAUCCCAUCACGCUGUCUUCAUCCUCUGCACCCGACACACCCAUUCAUGCGGAGCAUCCGCCGGGAUCCACACCGCCAACGAGCACGACGAGCUUCGUCCUCGAUCGAUCUAGCAGCGUACUCAAGUGCGUUCGUGAGUUCCCUCAUGCCUUUGUCAGAAGAUCCACAUCAACGCCCAGACCGCCAAAAGUAGACGAACCUCCUGGCGAAUACCUCGAUGAGUCACAAUAUGGCAGUGAAUACCGAGAGACACAGGUACCCAUGAGUGCCAUGUUGCGAGACAUAAGCAAGGAUGAUACACCGGUGCCGCACCGACCGCCGGCUGAGCUGAUCGAUAGGUAUCGUCGCAUCGGUGCUUACGAGCGUCUGAACCCAUCGGUCUCGUCAAGUCCGGCCCCCGAAUCACCUUUGGUCGCUCGCGCGCCACUUCACAGCCCGUCGCCAGAAGCCACUUCCAACAACAGCGAAACGCUGCCGGUGCUUAGACUCACACCCCGCACGCGCGCAUUUGUGGACGGAGCACUGCCGACGGCAUCAAGAUCAUUACAGAAGCCUCACUCGCCAGAUCAAUCCCAGAAGGCGAACAAAGCCGAUGCCUCGGCGGCAUUAGAGAGCAGCCAGAAGCAGUCGCGACCAUGUCCGCGAGCUAACAACUUGUCUGGCCGAGAGAGCAAGUCGACACUCGUGGGUGCUGCCACACCAUUCAAGUUCUCGUCGUCUCGAUCGGGAUCUGACGUCUCUGACCGGGAGCUCUGCCCACCAUCUGCAUCGGUCUCGCCACAGAAGCCAGAUUGCACUGCUGAAGAUGAAUAUAUCGAAGAAACACAAUUCCCGCAUCUUUUGAUGACACCGUGGCCUACGCACAAUGAGCGCAAACUCGAUCCGGGGCGACUGGGCAACGUGCAAAGCUAUGCCGAUUUGCAAGAAUCUUACAAACUAGCAAUACCCUGGCAAGACGAUGAGACUGAAGCUCAAGCUCAGCAGAAGUCAGAUGCACCUGUCGACACCGAGAGCAUCUCGCAUCAGGUCAACGCGGAUCUGCCAAGGCUGACGAAGCGGCCCAGCUUCUUCGCGAGAGUGAAGCAAGCCUGGGUCGGUGCGAGACCGGACCCACCUCGUCAGAGCAACCUCGAUUCAUUCUUCGAGUCUUCCAGGAAACGCAAAGCUCUCGAGGCAGCAGCAGAGACCGGUCGCCUGACGCCCGAUGACCGGAAAGCCGCCGAGCUAGUCGGCGCGGCUCUGAGAGCCAAACGCCAGCGUGCCGUCACCCCGCCUGCUACUCGAGCAGACUAUAUUCCAUCUACGGUCAUGACAGAGGAGCUUGAGGAACUGAAGCCAUCGCCACACCGCAUCAAGCACCUAGACGAAAAGACGCUGACGCCUUCUAGGCUGUUUCAGUGA